AUGUCAUACGGUGUUGAAAGAAAAGGGUUCGAGAUGGAGUUAAUGUGUGUAUCGUACGGAGUGCAACGAGUGACUUCUCAAAGCGGAUUAUAUCAUUUGCAAGAGGAGCCGGAAAUGGCCGGAACCCCGUUGGUGUCUCUCAAACAUGGUGAGGCCGAUGUCACUUCCGCAUUCGGCAGUAUUCCCAAACCCACAGCGAAGAGCCAGUGUGUUUUUAGUCUGUGA